AUGGGAUUUCUUGAUAACUUUAAAGCUUUUGUUCACUCCAUUACCACCAACGAUCAUUAUGCAUCCUAUGAUUCACCUUACAGGACGCAAAACAAUGACAAUGAUGAUUUCACUGGAUCCUCAGCUGGUGGUGCACACCCUAAUGGUUCAACAAUGAACCUUAAUGCAGAUUUAAACGCAUCAAGGCUGUCAUUGAAUGAUUCUACAGCAGGUGGCUUCUAUAGACCAGGAUUACGAUCUUCGCAAAGUCAGUUGGGUCAAGACGUUCAACUUCAAAAUUUUGAUGCCAAUGGAUUACCCCCCUUGCCAUCGAUAGACUCAUUGUGGGAUCGUAUUGAACAUUGGAUUGACGAGGAAUACCCAGAGUUGGAUGACAAUCUUAAUGAUGGUGUUACUUCAGCUGAUUUGAAUGAGUUUUUGCAAGAUCUAAAGUGUGGUUCAAAAAGCCUACCUGAAGAUUUUAGACAAUUUUAUAAAAGGCAUGAUGGUCAGUUGAGAGGUGGUAAACCGACUGGAUUAAUCAUGGGAUUGGUGUUGUUGGAUUUAGAAAGUAUUGUCGAGGAGAAUAUUUUAUGGAAUAAAGUUGCCGAGAGAUUAGAAAGACAACAAUAUAUGGCUCAACAUCAACAGAAACAAAAUGAAUUAAAAGAGGGAAGUCUGCAGCAGCAGCAGCACUACCAGAAACAAGCUGCUACAUUUAUCACAAACCAAAGAUCUAUUCCACCUAAUGCAAUCCAGCCUUUUUAUUAUAACAAAGGAUGGGUAAUAUUGCUUAAAGACAACAUUGGAAACCAAGUUGCUAUGGAUUUGAAUCCGGGACCAAAUGGUACUUGGGGACAAAUUAUAUUGUUUGGUCGUGAUUUCGAUACAAAAUUGGUCAUUGCUCACAGUUUACAAGAGUUUAUAUUUGAAUUUACUACUGAUCUAGAAUCUGGUAAUUUUUUAAUUGAUUCGAGUGAGUACCAAGAAGAAUUGGGGUUCUUGUCGUCUGACAGAGAUGGCGAUUUCAUGAUUGGAGAUGAAGAUGAGAAUCAAGGUGAAUUGAGUUUUUAUGACAGAGAUGGCAAAGAAUUUGGUAAAAACGCAACGAGAAGUAGGCCAAGCUAUAUUGAGGUGUUGAAGAGAAGAGCCUUGAAGAAAUAUGGAUUGACUGAAAACUUUCAGACUGCUUAUCAGCCUCCAAAACCAGUUAAAAAAGCCCAUGAGUCAGGUAGAAGUAGUCCAUAUUUGAAUCAAUCAAGAAGUGGAUCAAAUGUAAACUUGAAGACACCGUAUUCGAAGAACAACUCAUCAACCAGUUUGAGUGCCAGUCAAGGAAAGAAUAAACCAGUCGUUUCCAGUCCUUUGGUCAACCUUGAUAACAACUCAAGUUCAUUCAUUAUACCAAAGGAAACUAUUAUUGAUGGCAAACUGAAACCAGAGUCGUCAAAGGUUGAGCCCACUGUGUCCAAGGAAGAGUUAAAGGAAGAAAAGCCUCUUGAAAAUGAUUUUCAAGAAUUGCGGAUCGAAGAAAAUGAAAAUACGAAAGACGUCACCGGAUCGAGAUCGGCCACAUCUGUAUCAGUAUUAGAGGAGCCAGAACCUGUACUGAAUAACAACAAAGAGUCGCAAGUCGCGGAGGAAAAAGACACGUCUGACAAAGUAGAAAAGGAGUCAACAAAGGCUGACCUUGUGGAUGUUGAUGAAAAUGUUGAUAAGUUUGGUGAAGAUGACGAUGAUGAUGCUGGUGAAAAAGAAAAGGAAGAGCUGGAUGAUGUCGAGGCUGAAGACGACGCAAAACCUGACACAGAUGGUGAAGCUAAGCCAUUGACAAAGUCGCAAAAAAAGAGACAAAAGAAGAAGGGUAAGAAAUAG